AUGCUUCGCAAGGUCAUAGAAUUAAGCAGUGGUUGGAGGUACCGGGCAGUGGAUGAGUCGUCUUCAUCACCACCAACCGCCACGAGCAUUUGGCGGACGUGUCGCUCGCUUCCUACUGAGAUCCAUUUAGACCUUCUCAAUGACAACCUCAUACCAGACCCGUUCAUCGGAAAGAAUGAAGAAGCCCUGCAAUGGGUCGGAGAGACAAAAUGGGAGUACGAGACUAACCUCACCGUCCCUGCUGACGCGUUGGUACCUGAAUCGCGUACGGUCCUCGUGAUGGAAGGUCUCGACACAUUUGCCACGGUUACGCUGAAUGGAAAACCCAUAUUGCAAUCCGCCAAUGCUUUCAUGACGCACAGAGUAGGGCUCACGCGCGACAUGUUCGAGACGAACGAGGGUAGUAACCUCCCGAGCAGCUGUAACGAUCAUGAUGAAUCCUCCGUCACAGGCAUUCUUCGUAUCGUUUUCGCCAAUGCGGAACAAUGUGGCCUCGAGAUAGUGAAACAGCAUGCUGAGCACGGUUGGUUCUCCCUGGGCAGCAGUAUUACGCGUCUGGCCACCAGAAAGCCGCAAUAUCAUUACGGCUGGGACUGGGGUCCAAAAAUCAUGACCUGUGGGCCUUGGAGGCCAAUUUAUGUCGAAUACUAUACGUCCCGCAUUGCGGAUGUUGCAAUAAGCUCAUCGCUGAGUGCAGAUCUUCAAGAGGCCAUUGUGGAAGUGUCAGUUGAGGUUGAUGGGCUGGCCGAGCAUUUUGUGAUGGACCUUCUGUUGCAUGGGAACGUGGUUCACCACGAAGUUGUCCCUGUUCGAGAACGAAUUGGACGAAUUCAGAUGAAGCUUGCGACUCCUCAGCUAUGGUGGCCCCAUAGUCUGGGACCUGCGACAAUGUACUCUGUUCAGUUGUCUUUGUAUGCCACCCAAGAUGCCGAAUUUCUGAUUGUCGAUCAGACGGAAAAGUCAUUCGGUAUUCGAAAGGUAGAGCUGGUACAACGUGGGCUCGAGGAUCAGGACGGGGACUCGUUCUUCUUCAAGGUCAACAACAUCCCAAUUUUUGCUGCGGGGUCGUGCUGGAUCCCAGCCGACUCGUUUCUCUCCCGUAUCAGUCCCCGUCGUUAUCAAGACUGGAUCCAACUGGCGCGGGACUGUAACCAAAACAUGAUUCGAGUUUGGGGAGGCGGCAUCUACGAAAACCCUGCCUUUUACGAAGCAUGUGAUCGGCAGGGGAUGCUCGUUUGGCAAGACUUUAUGUUCGCGUGCGGCAGCUAUCCUGUCCAUGAGGAAUUUCGUCGGCAGAUUGUUGCUGAGGCAGAGCAGAAUGUCCGCCGCCUAAGACACCACCCGUGUCUGGUGCUCUGGUGUGGCAAUAACGAAGACUACGUUAUCUACCCUCUCCGGGGCAUUCAGUACGAUGCAACUGAAACGAGCCCCGAAGCGAUGUUCAAGUCGAUACUUCCCGCCCGCUACUUCUACGAGCAUGUCUUGCCCACGAUCUGUGCAGACCUGAACCCGGGCACCCCUUAUUGGCCCGGUUCCCCAUUUGGAGGAGCCAUGGUCAACUCUCCUCUUGAAGGCGACAUCCACCAGUGGCAUGUCUGGCAUUUUGAAAUGUUCCCCUAUCAAGACUUCUCUCGCCUGAGUGGUAGGUUUGUAAGCGAAUUUGGCAUGCAAGCUCUUCCGUGUUUGGAAACCGCCAAAGAAUUCUUUCCAGUAGAAGGCCCUUGUACUGCAUCUGAGACCGAUGUACUGGAUAAUCAAUUCUUGAAGUGGCACAACAAAAUGGCAGAUGGCCACGACAGACUACGUCAUUACGGACGAGCAAACAUCAGCUUUGGAACGUCCGCGCUGGACGAUGUCAUAUACAACACUCAGUUGAUCCAGGCGGAAGCCGUAGCAACAGCAUACCGAUCCUGGCGACGCCUGUGGCAAGGGCCAGGCAAAGAGUACUGCUCAGGGGCAUUGGUUUGGCAGCUUAACGACUGUUGGCCUGUCACUUCGUGGGCAAUCGUGGACUACCACCUUCGGCCGAAAAUGGCAUACUGGGCCAUGAAACGUGAAUGUGCAUUCGUAACGGGCGGCUUGAGCAGAAUCACCAAGAACGGGGGUGCACUGGCUCUCGACUAUUGGGCAGUGAACAUGACCCAGAACGAGGUCAAAGCCAGUGUUACAAUCCGAGCGUGGCUAGUAGGGACUGGAGAGCAAGUUCUCGAACAACAGCUUCAUGAUAGUGUUAGUCUUCAACCGAAUCGAAGCGUGGACCUUGGAAUCCUCGGUGUUGACGACUUAAAGCUACCGACCAUUCAGCAGUAUCGAGACAUUGUAUUUGCACUCGUCGUCGAGCUGACUGAAACAGAAGAGAAUUUACCCAAGACGGUGCAAGCAGUCAACUUCCACGAUCCCCUUCGUGAGGUGCCUUUCCCGAGCUACAAUGCCAAGGUUGACGUAGCCAUAUCGCAAUCCGCUGCGGGAAUAUCCGUGCGGGCAAGGGCUACAGUCCCAAUGAAAGGUCUCUUAUUUGAAGUGGAUGGAGAUCCGAAUGCGAAGUGGGAUGAUAAUGGCAUUGACCUGAUACCGGGACAGAUAGCCGAGUUGAGAUAUUUGGGUCAAGGUCUCAGACCAGGCCAGGAGAGUAGGCUUCGAGCACGAUGGUUGGGAGGCUCCCUGGAUCAGUUGUCCCAUCUGAGACCGUCUUUGUGA